CAAAUAAGUUGCACAUAAAUUCAAAGAGAUCGAAGGUGAAGCGAAAGUUGAAGCCAGGUUUCUUCACUUGUGAAAGUGAAAGAAACCUGAACAGCUCAACACUAGCGAUAUGCCUGAGCCUUUGACGCCGGAGCAGCAACAGCACGUUGUCUGGUGCAUUCUUCAUUCGCCUCGGUUCCGAUUUGUCAGCUCGGGCAAGCUCAACUGGACUGCGUUGAGCAAGCAGCUCAAGUUUGACCGACGCAUGUGCAUGACGGCAUGGCACAAAUACCAAGAGCAACAUGGUCUUGCUGAUAUUCCAGCGGUUCAGCCUUUUCCCAAUAAUAACAUGCGGGAGGCGAACCAGCCGACGUGUGGGCAUGCCAUCACACCACCUGCUGUCUCGGUGCCUGUAAGCCCGCCCCAAGAGCAACCUCGUCCUACUCCAACCCCGAUCAGUGUUGCGGUGGAAAGGAUCCCCACGGAAUCUCUAACUCUCGAGGAAAUCCAGGAUAAAAUCUGCUCUCAAAUGGAUCAGACAAAACAACGUGCGUGGGCUGCAUACUCGGAGUUUAGCAACGGUGUUCUGGCCAGAAAACUGGUUCAAUUAAAUAAAAGAGGCAUUGAUGUCCGAGUGUUCCUCCACUCGGAAUUGGCCACGCUCAAGGCGAGCGCGUGGGCGAUCUACAUACUGCGAAUGGGAGGCGUGCAGGUCCACGUCUUCAAUCAAGACGGAUCCUUCGUGUGGAAAGCUAUGAUCCUGGACGAUGUACUGAUGCUCGGCUCUGCCGACAUGACAAUCGCCGCGUUCCAGGACAAUAUCGAGGAUCUGUGGUUUAUGACAGGCGCGUUUGUUGAAAAAAAGUACACGGAAACGUACAAGAGACGCUGGGAUAUUCUCUCCGAGGAGUUCACCAAGCGCUUUGUGCUCGUCAAGGACCCGGUGACGGCAGAAUUUGACGUGCGCAUCAUAGCCAGUAUCGAAGACGAUUGCGUGCUACACCCCCAUCUAUCCACACCUUGAUUUUACAAGGCGUCGGGCUAUAUCCGUCUUCGUAAACUGAUUGCAUUGAGCGCAGUAGGCUUCAAGAGAAAAAAAAACAGCAACAAAACUCCAGCUGAUAGGGACGAAAUAGUAAAUUGUUGGACUUGCUGAGUAAUGAAAUUAAAAUACGGACACUUCAACGCUGUCCCUCGAAGCAUUAUGGUUUAAAACUUGUACUA